UUUCAGACGUACGUCAGUUCGACAAGAAUGAGAAUUUUCAAACUUGCCUUCUUGUUACUUACCAUCUUGAUGAUUCUCUCCGCUGUGGACGUAGCUGAAGGGAAUGUUCUCAAAACAAUUGGAAAAGGGCUACUAAAAGCUGGAGAAUUCGUUAAAAAUCGUGCGGUAGAACAGGCCAAGAAAGUUCCGAAAGCUAUCAAGCAAACUAUUCAAGUGCUAAAAAUUACCGGUGCACUAUGACUGCACUAGGAUGUUUCGUGCUCGAUUGUCGAUAAACCUUGGCAUUGUGAAAGUAGUAAUACAGUUUUUGAGCUGCCGACCAAGGUUAGCAAGACUUUAUUAUGCGAUAAGCCAACGUUCCGCCGUCGAUAGGAUUUUUUGAAAGAUCGAGACUUUAAUCUGCCC